AAAGAUGACGAGUAAAUUUUUUGCGUUUGAGUUGGGGGACUUUUAUUUCAGCAGUUUCAGCAAACUACCGUACCAUAAAGAAAUUUAAACCAUUAAAUGGAUCUAAUAGCAUCUUUUGAAAGACGAUGGAUGCAGCCAUCGUACUACUGGGGUUCUUUGUGGACGGAUAAUUAUCUAUUAGAAAGAAAAAAUAAUGAUUGGUCCAAGCUGGUGACAAUUCUUAAUGUUUUCUUGUUUCAAAAAGAAAGGCAAAGCAAUGAAUACGCAAUUUUAGUUUUUCCUGAGAAUUGGAAUAAAAUUUGGUGUUCUAUUUCAAACAAUUUUCCAGUUGAAACAAGACAUUUGAUUAAGGCUAUACCGUUAAAAGUUCCUUUUGAUAAAUAUACUUUUGAAUCUGAACUUUUGCGACAUGUGUCCAUUCGCGACACUAUUGGAUUCGUUUGUCUUCUUGGAGUUUUCGACUGUUUUUCCUUCAGAGAGUUUUCAGUUGCUUCUGCUUUUUUCUCUUGCUUAUUCGUGCACUCACACCUUAAAAAGGAUGCUAAUGUUUCAUUUGUUGACCACUUGCCCCAACAAAGCUUAAAGUAUUUGAUUCGUUGGCUUUUAUACUCAAUUCACGACAAAACAGCGUGCCACUCACACAUUUACCAUCUCCGCAUUUCAGAUUUUAGUGAAUCGCUCACUCAACCCGUCGAUGUUCCUUGGCUUUUUUUACUCUCAGUGGAAAGAAAAAACGAGAUGUGUGCAAAAACGACAACUAGCUCAGCAUCAAUUUCUUGUAGUGUCACUUCGGCUUUUUUCCCACCAGAAAUGUCUUGGGAUAAUGUUUACACGUUACCUCGAAUGAUGUUGUCUUUGUUAAAGUAUAGAACACAAAAAAUGGUCAUUGAUAAACUUGUGCCAGGGUCCUUCACUUACUAUUAUUGUAACGGUUCGGAUUCUUCAACAGUUGAAUAUACUAUUAUAGUCUACGACACACAUGUCGAAUGUCCCAAAACACGAGAGUGUGGCUUAUUCAUUCGUGAAAAUCAAGCGACGGAUUGGCUAUUUAAAACAUCGGAGGGUUUAGAAAAAAUAGGCGAGCAGUGUUCGACCUCACGCCUGCUUGUUGUCAUUGUGAGACGUACUACAAAUACUUCAUCACAAGACAAUCUUCAAAAAGAAUUUGAAACGAUGAAAGAAAAGAUUGGUUCCAAACUUGCGAUGCUAACACCGUUUCCUCGAGUUGAUCAAGCUCAAAUAUGUUUUCUAACUGUCAACGAUCCGGAAGAGUCUUUGGGGUCUGUAGUAGAUGAAUGUGAUUCCAAUUACGCAGGAAAAAUUCUAGUCUAUGACGUUCCCAAUAUGGAUUCCGUUGAGUUUCCCCAAAAACGACUGAUGGUAUUUUCAUGUAAUCCUCGUGUCAUUCAAUCCGAAGCUCAAUUAGACAAAGAAAAAAAUGUAUGCGGGACUCUCUCUUGUUCCGAAUAUUACGGUGGAAUUAUUUUAUCAUUAAGUUUUUUAAAUAAAACAAUAUUUUCUCAAAAAGAUGCCGUAACGUGCAGAAUUUUAGGAUUAGGUGGUGGAGUGUUAGCUCUUUGUUUAGCUCAAGUUUUCCAGUUCAUUGGUACGCCGCUUCUUUUAACAGUUGUCGAAUUGGAUCCUCAGGUUGUUCGAAUGGCCCAAAAGUGGUUUAUGUAUGAAGAGAUAAUACGACGAAAGUUUUGUUGUUGUACUAUUCAAACCGUAAUUAAAGACGCACUUCAAGAUAUUCAAGAACUCCCUGAAGAGACGCAAAAUCUUGUAAUUCUUGAUAUAAAUGGAGACUCCAAUACAAAAGCUAUGCUUUGUCCAUCUCCAGAAUUUGUACAAACAAAAUUUCUUUUAAAAAUACACACUGUUUUGAAAUCGGGUGGUUUGUUCAUCUUAAAUCUUGCGACUCGUUGUGAAAACACCAAAAAAAACGUUUACAGUUCCUUGCAGUCAAUUUUUUGCGACUGUUGCGUUAUUAAAACUAAACACGAAAUCAAUGAGGUGGUUAUUUGUCGAAAACAAAACAAAGAAAAUUCGUUAUCGCCGUUUUCUAAAUCAAUGCUUCAAAGCCGUCUCAAUUGUCAUAUUGCUUCUUUGGUCGCUGCCUUUAACGGAAACCCUGAAGAAGAUCUUGUGAAAGGAAUUUCAAAUAAUCAGUGGAAUGAACAAUUGUUUGUGAUUAAUAAAAUGUGUUAAUUUUGUUCGACCUUUCCAAAAAGAGGCUGGAGCUAUUCAUUAAAAAUUGAUUUACACUUAUUCUCUUGUGUGCACUUCUUUUUAACUAGUUUCAUUCUUGCUUAAAAUUUUUUUUUUUUCCAGUAAAACAAUUAAAACAUACCGUACUCUACGCGGGAGGAAGGCAAAAAAAACGCCUUAAAAAAACAAUACAUCACCA